AUGGCCAUGGACGUGCUGCGCUACCCGCCCCGUGAUGGGGGCGGAGACUUCACUGCUCCGUUUGUGGAACAGACUCUGGUCCCGGAGUCUGAGGGUUCUGAUCCAGAGCAGCUGCUUCUGAACGGCUCUGGUACCGCCACCACGGACCCAGCUCCAGACCCAGCCCCUGACCCUGCGACCGGGCCCUCAGACCCAGCCCAAGCCCAGAGCAAGAAGAGGAAGAAGAGAAAGAGAAAGAAGCCAUCUCAGACCCCCACAGACCCCACAGACCCCACAGGCCCCACAGGAGAGCCCUCUGCAGACCCUGCUCAGCCUCCGAAGAAGAAGAGGAAGAAAAAGAAGAAGCCAUCUCAGACCAACAUGGCCUCAGCCGGAGAUGCUGCAGUGGGCCCCACAGGAGGUCCCACAGGAGGUCCCACAGGAGGUCCCACAGGAGGUCCCACAGGAGGCCCCACAGGAGGCCCCACAGGAGGCCCCACAGUCCCAUCUCAGGCCCAGAAGAAAAAGAAGAGGAGGAAGAAGAAGAAGCCAUCUCAGACCACCACAGACCCAGCCGGAGCAACACCAGGCUCCACCCCAGGCCUCACCCCAGGCCUCACCCCAGGCCUCACCCCAGGCCUCACCCCAGGCCUCACCCCAGGCCUCACCCCAGGCCUCACCCCAGGCUCCACCCCAGGCCUCACCCCAGGCUCCACCCCAGGCCUCACCCCAGGCUCCACCCCAGGCUCCACAGAUCCAGCACUGGCCCCAAAAAAGAAGAAGAAGAGGAGGAAGAAGAAGCCGGCAGGACCUGUUGACCCCGCCCUGGGCCCCGCCUCAGCCCCCGCCCUCGCCCCAGGCCCUACAGACCCAGCCCAGAAGAAGAAGAAGAAGAGAAAGAAGAAGAAGAAGAACCCAGCAGUGACGUCAGAAGGGACGGGACCCUCUGACCCUCUGUGUGCGACCGUGGCUGCUCCACUGAACCUCUGA